AUGACUGCAUGCACCACCUUCUUCCAUAUCCCUGAGCUGGUGGCUUCCUUGGCCCCAUUCCUGAACACAAAAGACAUCGCCCACCUUGUCAAGACAAACCGCCUCCUCUCCCACGCCUGUGGCCCCCUCUUCUGGUCCGACCUCGACAUCCACAACCCUGACGCUGCCCUUGCCCUUAUACACUCUCCAAGUGCCCUCCAAGCCCUCACCGAGAACCUAGGCAACAUUCGUUCCCUUGCUGCCGAGACCAAUUUCAUCGCGCAUUAUGUCAUCGGUCUACUCUCAUUCCUCGACAGUAAUCCCCUUACAGAAGUCCUCAGGCCCAGUUGGUUGCCCUCCUUGACGACCAACAAGAUCUGCCCCGCCAGCUUGUCCUUCCCUCCCCUGACGAACUUGACUCAACUCUACUGCUCCUUAUCGAUUAACCUCCCUUGUGGCUCACAAUGGUCUGCUGACCAACUCUCCCUCCAGCUCUGUUGGUUCGUCAGUCUUAACCCAGGACUCCAAGAACUCGCUGUGGACGGUCUCCGAUUGGGCGACGAUCUUGUCCUACGAGUGAUCGCACGCACCAUCUCCCGCCUCCAUCGACUCAAGCACCUCACCCUUGCCCCCGCCCACAAGGCUCAUGUCGGACAUUGCGUUGCCGAGAUCCUCCUCUUCAAUUGCCCCAAGUCGAUCGAGUCUUUUAUCUUGGACUCUGAGAUUGUCAGUGGACCUACGCUUCCCGGUCGGAUGCCCAACGACUUGGAUCGGGAUGAGGGUCCAGUUGUGGUUCGGAAGGCACCGUUGGUCAAUUUGAAGGAUCUCAGACUGCCUGAGCAUUAUGCUGGAUUUCGUGCACAGGAUCUUUGUUCGAUCAUGGAACAGUGUCCUGUUAUUGAGUCCUGGGUCGUCCCGUGUGUUGAUAAUGAGGAGGCAGGUCAAGAACUGUCGGAUACACUUCAGAGGCACUGCCCCAAGAUCCGAGAGCUCACCGUCCGCGCCCCAGGAAAGGAACAGCAUGGACCGACAGUCAUCAGCAUCAUGGAGAAGAUGCCCAGUCAGCAACUCGAGGUCUUUUCCUUCAAGAGUUACCGCGAGUUCUUGCCCGAUCGGAUGAUGAUAUCUCUGCAGCGUCAUUCGGAGAGUCUUCGAGUGAUUCGGUUCGAUAAUUGUUGCAGGAUUGGGCGACAAACGAUCAUGAAGAUCUUGACGGGGUGCAAAGCUCUGGAGGAGUUUGUGAUUGACGGGCUGACCCAUUUUCCGAGCAGGGUCGAUCUUAGUCUGGAAGAUGCGGUCGAGUUCAAGUGGGUGUCGACCAGGCUGCGACGCUUACAGCUUGUGAUGACCUUUGGCGACUUUGAGGAAGGUGGUAUGAACUCUGAAGGCUCAUGGUCAUGGUCGGAGAACGAUCUGGAUCGCUGGUCCCUAGUCGAGAAAUUCGCUCUGCAGAUUGGGUCCUUGCGAGACCUGGAGGUGUUGGAUAUCAGAGCCCUGAAUGUCGCGACAGGAAGUGCAGUCUCGAGGUACCACCAAGUCCCCGUCCCUGGUCUGGUGACGUUAGAGGACAGGAGCAAGAAUAGGUUUGGAUUCCUGGACCAGUUGAAGGAUUUGCAUAAACUGAGGGAACUGGGAGGAUCUUUCAGGAUGAGCGCCAUGACAGCUGUGACAGGGACGAUGGGAGCAAGGGAAGUUGCGUGGUUGAGCGAGAAUUGGUCGUCUCUGAGGGCUGCCGAGUUUAUGCCCCCUAACCAUGAGUUGAACAUGAUACCUGUCCCGGAGUGUUUACACGAGCUGCAGAUCAACCGCCCCGACUUGCGCAUCAGUCUGCAAUAA